AUGAUCUCUGCUAUACCACCUCCACUUAUUCCAAUCGCUUUGUUCUAUUUAAUGUGUGCUAUCAUUUCGCUAAUUGGAAACAUGAUAAUGAUAAUUUGCUUCCUCAGAGAAAGAAAAUUCAACUCGCCAUGUCACUAUAUGAUUACACUUACUUGCGCAGCCGACAUGCUUCACCUAUGUGGACACUUUGUUUUUAAUUUUCAGUUGUUCUAUGAUGGUCCUGGCUCCCAAGAACUUUGUUUCUGGCUUCUUCUUCCAUCUUGCAUCGGCCUUGCUAUAAGUGGACCCCUUCUUCUUUCCAUGGGGAUAGAUCGAUUCCUGGCUUGCCAAUUCCCAAUGGUAUAUCGUCAAUUAUGCUCAAGGUCAUUAAUGUAUCUGAUUCUGCAACUAUUCUUCCCAAUCAUUUAUACAGUAUAUCUCAACGUAUCGUCUUUUGUACAACGAGACCCUAAAACUAUGGUAAUUUGUCAAGUACCUCUUGCGAUGUCAGGAGAUUCGUUUGAAAAAUUUAAUCAAGGAGGUCUUAUAAUCAACAUCGGAGUAGUAAUUGUUUACUUUGUUACAUUUCUGAAAUUAAAACGUCUUGCUGGAAGUGCAACACAGCUGAAAGUUGUGUUUAGAUCCAUUCUGUACACUGUAAUAUUUGUGAUUCUUGGCUGGAGUACUGUAACAAUGAUGAAUAUUGCAAGUAUUCAUUUGGUCGAAGACAUUGACACUGUACAUAUUCUGAUGAUUUACGCCGGAAUCGGGUUGAAUAUGGCUUGUGCAAGUAACAUUUUUGUGUUCUACACCAUCAAGUGA